AUGGUGGCGGGUGGAUCCUGGGACUUCAUGGGAAGGAAGAAGGCGGGUGGGGCGGAGCUCGUCCGCCGCCCAACCCCCGCAUCUGCCCUCACGGCACAGGCAGAACCCCGGGGCGGGAAAGGCCUUCCGGGGAGGCGCCCGGGGGCGCAGGAGCAGGCCCGGGGCGCCGUCCGCCUCGACUCACCUGGAGCAGUUUUAGCGCAGGUGCCCAGUCUUCAGGGUGUUGGGCCAUCUCUCCUGGGAGGGGCAGGCAGCCGCAAGACUAAGCGGUGGGGUGCUGGGGAAAAGAAAGGCUGGGACUGGUGCUUCAGCCAAUCUGACAGCCGGGCCUCUCUCAUCAGCAGGCUGAGCUGCGGCUUCUGGACUCUCACCGUUUACCUGGGAAAGCGUGACUUUGUGGACCACCUGGACAGAGUUGACCCCGUUGAUGGUGUCGUUCUCGUCGACCCGGAAUAUCUCAAGGAUCGGAAAGUGUUCGUGACUCUGACCUGCGCCUUCCGCUAUGGCCGUGAGGACCUGGAUGUCCUGGGCCUCUCCUUCCGCAAAGAUCUCUUCUUGGCCUCUUGGCAGGCCUUCCCCCCUGCCGAGAGCACCCCUGAGCCACUCACUCGCCUGCAGGAGCGACUGCUGCGCAAGCUGGGUGCCAAUGCCCACCCCUUCAGCUUCCUGAUCCCCCAGAACCUGCCGUGUUCAGUGACGCUGCAGCCAGGGCCCGAGGACACAGGGAAGGCUUGUGGAGUGGACUUUGAGAUUCGGGCAUUCUGUGCCAAAAACCUGGACGAGAAGAUUCACAAAAGGAACUCGGUCCGCCUGGUUAUCCGGAAAGUCCAGUACGCCCCUGAGAAGCCUGGUCCGCAGCCCACGGCUGAGACCACCCGCCACUUCCUGAUGUCCGACCGCUCUUUACACCUGGAAGCUUCCCUCGACAAGGAGCUCUACUACCACGGUGAGCCAAUCAGCGUCAAUGUUCACGUGACCAACAACUCCAGUAAAAGUGUCAAGAAAGUGAAGGUGGCCGUGCGGCAGUACGCAGACAUCUGCCUCUUCAGCACCGCUCAGUACAAGUGUCCCGUGGCUCAGAUUGAGCAGGAGGACCAGGUGGCCCCCAGCUCCACCUUCUGCAAGGUUUACACGCUCACGCCACUGCUGAGCAACAAUCGGGAAAAGCGGGGCCUGGCGCUUGACGGCAAACUGAAGCACGAGGAUACCAACCUGGCCUCCUCUACCAUCGUGACGGAGGGUACCAGCAAGGAAGUCCUGGGCGUCCUGGUCUCCUACAGGGUCAAAGUGAAGUUGGUGGUCUCCCGGGGAGGGGAUGUUGCUGUGGAACUGCCUUUUGUCCUGAUGCACCCAAAGCCGCCUGAGCAGCCUUCUCCUACACAGCCCCCAGCCGCUGUCCCAGAAUCAGACACGCCGGUUUACGCCAAUCUGAUUGAGUUUGAAACCAACUACGGGCAAGAUGAGGACAUGGUGUUUGAGGACUUUGCCCGCCUGCGCCUGAAAGGCCUCAAGGAUGAUGAGGACACCGACCACUUCUGCUAGGAAACCCUUGGGGGGCAACCCCCCCCACAAACGUCCCGUCCGAUGACCUCCUCUUCUCUCAGAGCUGUUUCCAUCUCCCCUGCCUUGUCUUAUUGCUGUACUGGGGAUGGGGUUUUCAUGUGACUAAAAUUGGGAAGGUGGUCAUCCCAGCUUUUCUCCUGUUCCCCUGCUGCUACUGCGUACUUUUCCAAGAGAGAUUUUGAUGUCUAAGGACCCCCCACCCCCGUCCUGCGCACUGGAGUCAUUUAUUGGGCAUUACUGUCAGAUGGUUCUACCCCAAAGCACCACUUUGCUGUUGUUCUCCCCCCCCCCAUUCUCUUUUGUAUCUCCUACUUUAAAUGCUUUGGAAGACAUUGGUAAUGGAAUUGGCCCCCACGUUAAAAGGGGGGGCUUUCUCAUCCAGGGAUAAAGGCAGCUUUGGAUGCAUUUUGUUUGGGGGGCUGGGAAGGCCUAUUGCUCCGGCUGGGGAGGGCAACCCUUGGCCAAGUCCUCCCCCCAGACAUGAACCUGCACCCAAAGAGGCAUAUAGACCAGCUGUUCACUGCGAUGCUUGAGCAAAGAGCAACUGAAUAAAACCGUGAACUGAAA